CAAUAGGCUAAGUGAUCUUAUUUCCCAGCCACAAAUAUACUUUCCCAGCGUCUAGCAGUAAACGUCUCAGUUGUGGCUGUAUUCCUCAAAGCAGUUUUUGAAAUUUCAAGCAUGGCAAACGCUUCCGUAAAGUUACCAGACGAUGGAAGAGGCGAUCGCUACUACAAGUACGAGUCCAUUCGUAUUGAGUGGAACAUUCAUUUUAAAAACAACUUUGCUCAGCAAGUACCAAUCGUGUCGGCUUUCUUCCAAAAUUUCCAUCGUAAACACCUAGGAUUUCAAUUCGUUGUUGCUGAACUAUUCGAUGGGACAACUCACGUUCUUGUCGACUCGGAAAAAUAUCUCAAGAUCAAAGAAGAACUGGAGAAAAUAACAGGAAAGAGCUUACCAAAUGUGACGAACUACUGUGUCGUGAAGGUCAAGGAAAAAGCGAAAUCAUUUCAAAGCUUUCAGUCUCACAGGAGUUUUUCCCUCUCACUGAAGAACUCGAAUGACAAAAUCAAAGCAAGGAGAAAGGAAGAUGCCAAAAAGAGUGUUGGCCAACUACGCCGUUUCCUGCAAACUAAACCAAACGCGCGUAUGGUGGCGUUUGAUGUGGAAACGUAUGAAAAUGACUUCAGUAUAAUUCUUGAGAUCGGCUUUGUCGUCAGUUCCUUGGCCAGACCAGAAGACAGCAAGGAAGCAUUUCAUUUUAUUAUCACCGAAAACAGUCAUUUUGUUAACAGGGAGUACGUUCCUGAUAACAGAGAGAAAUUCAAAUUUGGUACUUCGGAACGCAUGUCCCUUAAACAGGCUGCUGCAAAGUUCACGCAGCAUAUCAGGAAUGCAGAUUUCUUGGUGACUCACUCGGGAGCCCAUGAUGAAGCGUACCUUGCCAGUUCCGGCAUCUCGUUGGAAGGAAAACCCAUGUUUGACACUCAGCUCCUUGCCUUAGCACUGCUGACCAGCGGAACAGCAGUCUUCGGUCUCAAGCGCCUGCUGAGUGACCUGGCAAUUCCGUUUGAUGAGGACAUUCUCCAUAACGCUGGGAAUGACGCAGUUUACACCAUGAAGUUGUUUCUUGCUCUCACCAAGAAGAUUUAACAAAGCACUAGAACACAUGGAAGUAUUAUAAUGUGAUAAUACACACGCUGUUCUAGUGUGAAGUGAACUAUUGACUUUUCUAUAAUAACUCAACUUAUUUUCGCAUUUUGAUUGGUUCUUAAUUAUGAUCUGUUGGAGGGAAGACGCAUAGAUGACGCCAUUAGCCUUCUUCUUUAUUAUAUGAAAAAGUAGAUUCGAUACUGCCCUGCGUCUGUUCAGUAAAAGACGGCAAAAUGUGGUAAUGACUUCCGAAGCAUUCUCGGCUAUCAUCGCAUGGCCAGGAGUGCCACUUUUUUAUUCUUACCCCAUUUUGACGUCAUCUGAGAUCAUCUAUUUACUGUACAGACGCACGGCAACAUGGAAUCUAUUCGUUAAAUAUUUGUUAGUUAAAUUUUAAAACCUCCUAAUUAUAACACAAAACUGUUGUCUGCUACAGUUUGUGUCGGCAGUGUUACAAAUUUUUAUGAAAGUUGCAAGAAUUUUUACCAUUCAUUAAAACACAAUAAUUCAACAAAUUGACGUCAGUUUUUUAUGCGUCUGCCCUCUUAUUGAUGAUAAAUUGCGUCAUAACAUUGCCAAAGUGGCUGUUGAACCACGAGCCGCGGGCGAGUGGUUCCGCAGUAAACUUAUAGCUUUUCUCGCUUUUUUUCUUUUUUUCU